AUGCCCUGCCUUGAUCGCUUCAGCGUCGCAGCGGCCACCAUCGAGUCAAGACUGGCUGAUGGCUUCGGAUACGUCGGCAUGUGCGUAGGAAGCUACCCGUUCCGAUCCAUCUUGCUCGCUCUUGUCAUGUGCGCUUCGCUUGUUCCUGGGAUUACCAUGAUCAAGUCUGAAAGUGCAGCACAGAAGUUGUAUGCCCCUGCCCGAUGGAACAGAGCAAGGGAUGAGAGAGAGUUGUAUAGUGCUAUUUUCGGCAACCAAGACAUUGAAAAGCGCACUAGCUCUCUGCUGGCCUAUACCAGCAAUGAUGCACAGAACCUUCUUGAUGCAGAAGUUAUCAAUAGCUUGAGAAGUAUCCAUGAAGGCAUUAUCAAGAUGGAAUCGGUGAUUGCCACUGGUGAUAAGAAGAUUUCUUUUACCUUCAAAGAUAUUUGCAAACGAUCAGGCAGUAUAGGCUACGAGAGCAACUGUUCUUUUAUCGGAGUUGUAGACCUGAGCCAAGAGGAGAUCAAACGAAUUCCCGCAAGCUUUUACAACAACCCUAGAUUUGGAUACAUCCCAGUGGCCACGUUUCUGGGGGGCCGUGUGGAAUCAGAAAACUCUUUUGUCAAGUCAGCAGCUGGUUUGUUGCUCCAGUACUCGAUAGCGGAAACGACAGACAAGUCGAUGAUGGCUAGGUGGGAAGAAGACUUUCUCAAGCAUGUCCAAACUGUCGCCAAGGAGCAAGGGCCAUCAUUACCUUUCAAGCUGGCAUACGAGAUUGAAAAGUCAGAGGAAGAGGAACUCUCGAAGAGCACAAGCAGCGACAUCAAGUUGCUCAUUGUUUCGUUUGUUGCGGUGAUGGCCUUUACUUUCAUCGUCAUGCAUUCUUUCAUGGACAAGGUGGCAUCGAAAGCAUUCUUGAGUUUUGCUGCUUGCGGGGCGAUUGGCAUGGCGAUUGGCAGCUCGUUUGGUCUGAUGGGGUAUAGUCAAGUGAAAUUCAAUCCUGUCGUUGCCUUCGUUACUUUCUUGCUCUUGGGUCUCGGAGUCGACGACUCCUUUGUGAUGGUGCAGGCAUAUCACUACACUGCAGAGAAGUUGAGCAAGGACGCUACAGUGAAACAACGGAUGGAGCUCGCCUUCAGGACCGCUGGAGUCUCGAUGUUCUUCACUUCCCUCACCGACUUCCUCGCCUUCGCCGUGGGCGCAACCAGCAACUUCCUAGCAGUGCAAGGGUUCUGCGCGUAUGCAGCAGCUGGUGUGGCGUUCAUGUUCGUGUAUCAGCUGCUCUUCGUCGGAGCCUUAAUGGCUCUUGACUCGCACAGAGAGUACUCGCAGGUAGCAUGGUAUUGGUCCGUCGUCGGGAGGGGAUACCUCUGGCCCAACUUGUACAAGAGCGACGAGACUCCGAGCAACACCAACUACGUGACAGCCGACGGGCAUUGCCGCUCCCAGCCAGAGACUGAGCUCCUAAAGAGAGUCGCAAGAGCGUAUGGCCGCAUGCUUCUUGAACCGGUUGUUUCCGCCUCUAUCUUGAUCCUUUUCGCCGGGUACCUCGCCGUUGCCGUUUACGGAGCUGCCAAUGUUGGCACUGGACUUGACGUCCGUGACCUGGCAGCAUCUGACUCGUACUGGACGAUCUUCAUCUCAGAAAGGUUCAGACUCUUCAACGACUAUGGCCCUCUCUACCUGAUCGCCUUUCCUUCUGCUGUGACCGACAUGUCGUUGCCUGGAGAGCGGGUGAAGUUCCUCGAGACUGCGAAGAAGAUAGAAGAGGACGCGUGCUUCACGCCAGUGCCUCAGGGUGUUUGGUUGAGGGACUUCCAAGAGUUUGUGAGGAAGGGAGGAGGAGACGAAACGCUUCAAGGGGACGCGUUCUACUCGUCUCUUAGCACAUGGCUUCAAGGGAACGGGAAGGACUACCUCAAAGACAUGAUCGUUGAGCUCAAGGACGGCAAGGUUUCUUCCAUCAAGGCAUUUCGUAUCAAGGUCAGGCAGAUUCCCGGCACCACAACGAGCGGGGACAAGGUCGGUGUGCCCUGCAUGAAGAAAGUCAGAAAAAUCUUGGACGAGGCAUUUCCUCCCAACAAGGAUGUAAGGCCGCUCACCAUCAAUGAUAGAGACUCGUUGGUGUUUUGGGAAGGAUCAGCUAUCAUUGUCGAGCAGACAGUGUUGAACCUUAUCUAUGCGGCUGCAGCUUGUUUUGUCGUGACGGUCAUCAUCAUCCCGCACCCGGUUCUUUGCUUCCUCGCUAUGAUCGUCGUGGGGAUGAUCCUGGUGUUGGGCAUCGGCUUCUCCAUCGAUAACGUCGCUCACUACGUGCAUGCCUUCAUGAGCAGUCAGGCUGUGGUGCACAGCGAGGACGGGCGGGUGCUGAGCUUGGCGACGAGGAAGGCGAAGGCGAUCGAUGCGUUAGAACGAAUAGGUCUCCCCAUCCUCGCGGGAGACAUCUCGACCAUGAUUGCCCUCCUGGCUCUUCUCGGUUCAAAGAGCAGAAUCUUCUUCUCCUUCUUCUGCGUAACAAGUUCUCCUCCGCGUGCUCGUCCUCUGACAGCCGGUUGGCAGAUCCUCUUUGCGGUGCUGCUGCUGGGAUGUCUCCAUGCGGUGGUUCUCCUCCCUGUCGUUCUCGGAUACUUCGGGCCCUUGAUCGUUUUGCACGAGGCCCCUCAGGCUGGCCAAGACGAUCCCGUGGGAGCUCUUGAUGAGAAGGACGAGCAGCUCCCCAGCAACUUCAACGUAGCAGUGGUGACAGUGAACGGUAGUAGCAGCCAAUGA